AUGCCACACAAAACGUUUCUAUUCAACCGAAGAAAACAACAACGUUUUCGAUUGAAUGGUAUUCUACCCUCUCUACGUUUACCACGCAAAGAGAAACUACGGCAAGAAUUUCGUGAUCAUAAAGUUUUGGACAGUAGUCAAUUGCCGCCGAAAGUUGACCUUCGACCGGACAUGACCGCUGUGGAAGAUCAAUCGAAAAUUGGAAGCUGCACGGCAAAUUCUCUUGCUGGAGCAUAUGAAUAUUUGACAAAGAAGGCGAACGGGCGUAAUACAGAUGUUAGUCGAUUGUUUAUCUAUUACAACGCACGUGACAGAAACAAUAACGGGCAACCAGUGAGUGAUACAGGAUGUUCGAUGACACAUGCUAUUGAAGCGUUGGAAAAAUAUGGAACAUGUCGUGAAUCAUUAUGGCCUUACGAUAUCUCACGUGUGAAUGUUCGACCGGAUCAGUCGGUUUAUGAUGAAGCUCAAAACUACCAAUUGGAAGAAGCUCUUCAGGUGAAUAUUGAUUUAGAAGAUAUGAAAUCUUGUUUGGCACAAGGUUAUCCAUUUGCAUUUGGUUUGAAAUUAUACACAUCGUUUGAUAAAGCAGCAAAAACGGGCGUAGUUGCAAUGCCCGAUUCCUGGGAAGCAAGUCGACAGUCACACGGAAACCAUGCAUUAUUAGCUGUGGGUUUCAGUGAUGAAUCUCGAGCAUUCAUCGUCCGAAAUUCUUGGGGUGAACGAUGGGGUGACAAAGGCUAUUGUUAUAUCCCAUACGAUUAUCUAUCGAAUCCGGACUACUGCUUCGAUGUUUGGAGUAUUCGAAGAUUAGAGAACGAUGAUCUUGGUCAUGAUAAUUGGGAUUAUAAUGACGCUGUCGAUUACCGCCAAGCUCCUAACAAAGGCACAACUGACAAUUAUGAUGAUGAUGAUGAUGACGACAAUGAUAAUGAUGAAAACCAUACUAUUGAAGAUCUAGAUGAAGAAGAUGAUGAUUAUAAUGAUGGUCAAGAAGGUAAUCGAGAAAGCUACUGGUCGGAAUUUAAACAAGAUGGAGAUUCCAGUAGUUAUUCAUAUUCAUAUAGCAGCCAUCAAACAUCUGAAUACUCAAAUGAUGGAUCAGGUCAAUUCUAUCAUCGACAUGGCGGUGAUCAUCAUCACCGCCGCGAAGGAUCCGGUGGUUUUGAACAUUUUCAUCACGGCGAAAGACAUUUUCAUGAAUAUCCGGACGAUUGA